GCCUGUCAGCUCACGAGCCGAGUCUCUGCCGCCGUCUGUCAGAGUCACGGAGCAUCAUGGCAGGGAUGGAGCUGGCGCCCUUCAGACCGUGGGAUGAUUUCUACCCUGGAGUAGACCGCUUCUCCAAACCCGAUGUGUCUGAUUUAAGCAGAUGGAAUAACAGAGUGAUCAGCAAUCUGCUUUAUUAUCAGACCAACUACUUCGCAGCCGCCAUCGUCGUAAUUCUGAUCGUCGGCUUCAUGAACCCGCUGGGAAUGUUUCUUGGCGGGGCGGUCGUGGCUCUGGUCUUCAUGGGCUCGGUGUGGGCAGGAGAGAAUAAAGCUGUGAUCAAGAACUUCAAGAAGAGGAACCCUACCCUGUUUGUUGUGGGUGUUCUGGGAAUCAGCUACUUCCUGUUGUCCUUGUGUGGAGGAGUGAUGGUGUUUCUCUUCGGGAUCACAUUCCCCAUGCUCUUGAUCCUUAUCCACGCUUCUCUGAGGCUUCGCAACAUGAAGAACAAGUUGGAGAACAAGAUCGAGGGCGUUGGCCUAAAGAAGACGCCCAUGGGCUUCAUACUGGAUCUCCUGGACCAACAAGAAGAGAAAAUCAACAAAAUCCAGGAUUUCCUGGAGAGCAAGCUGAAAGAUUGAGCAGUAAAACACUUCGGUGUCCACUUCAUGCCGUCGCUCUUUCCUUUUGAGUUGUUUUGUGUUCGUUUUGGUCUUGGUUUGACAGCCAAAUACCAAAAUGGAAAUAUCUUUUAAAUGCCAAAGCAUAUGACUAACUUCCAAUCGUAUACAAGUUUGUCCACGUCACAAGGAGGUAUGACUGGAACCGAUGACAAGGCUGUUCUGUUGCACAGUUCUUGCUAGUAUGAGACUAAUUCUUGUCCUAAACUCAUUCCCACCGUGUGUGCAGUUUCCAUUGAACGUUUUUUUUGUUUUUAUACAUGAUGAAUCAGCAUAAAAGUGUAUGCUUUGUAAAGCUUGAAUAGAUUUCUAUAGACAAGAGUCACUGAAAGCACUUUGAGGUAUUGUAGGUUAGCUUAUACUUUAUUUUUCCCCUAUGGCAAAACAAUCUUUCUUUUAUUGCACAUUUGUAAUCGUAAUGAAAUGUUUUCAUUUGAGCUGAAAUGACAUGACGGGGGAGUGCGUAUUUAUUGCAUGUUUUGUUUCUUUUUUUUUGGCUAACGCAAGCUCCGCGGUAAACAAACGUUUUCAUGCUUCUGAAAUCAAUGCACAGAAUGCCGUUUGCUGUUUUGAGUAGAUUUAAUAAAGAUGGAAUGUGGAAA